AGUCCUUGCCCUGGGUCACACCCUCGGCAUGGAGUCCCCCGAGAGUCACCUACCCCGGAAGCCGAGGGUGGUAGGGUACCUUUCAGGGCACAGAAUACAGAUGAUGUCAUUGUUAUGGCACACAAGGAUACGUUGAAGCACAGCAUAGAUAUCCAACAACCCUCUAUCGCUACAUUACCGAACUUCGACCGCAUAAUUGAAAUGUUCGAGACCAUCCAGAAAUCUCAAAUCGACAUUGUAACACGGCUGGACAACCAAGAAAAGCGUAUGCGUAAUAUCGCUGAAGAGGUAUGUCAGAAAAACAUUGAUCAGGUGCAGGAUGAUCUAAAUGCAGUAAAAUCAAGUGUAAAAAUGCUGACUGAAAACAUUCAGCACAAUAUUAGCCUGGAUCUCAUAUUUCGAAAUAUUGCCUAUGAGCAAAAUGAAGAUGUGUUAGCAAAAGUUAAUAAAAUCCUGAAGGAUGAUAUGAAACUACUGGACAUAUAUGCUCUUCAAGCCAAAAGGGUUGGAAGAUUCCCUAAUUCAAAGGUUGUACAAGCGACAUUUCACUCAACCGAGGAACGAGAAUUUGUACUGAAAAAUAAAGCAGCCCUAUCUAAAUGUGCCAACACCCGUAAAAUAUAUAUAAAUGAAGUGAAAUCCCGUGAGACACUUACUGCAGAAGCGAAUCUCCGUAAAAUCGUAAAUAUGUGUGCCAACGACAAACUGACAGUUAUAAAUGGUCGAGUCCUUGACCGUCAAAACCCCAUGCAAAUGCAGCAUACCAAUAUAAACAACAGGGUUACAUCCCCAGGGAACCGUAGGCGCAGACGUUCUAGUUCCGUAUCAUCAGCAGUCCGACAAGUUCGUCAAAGGCAAAAUUCUCCCCAGCGUUUGAAUAUGUCGGCUGAUAGAAAUGUGAACAUUCCACUUGUUAGAAACCAACGUGGCGUAGCCCAACCAAUCCAGCAGGUAAAUCUGCCCCAACGUGCCAGGGGUAGGCGUCAUAAUUCCCAACAUUAGGACAAUAGCCGUUGCCGGCAGUUCACAGUGGGGUCAUUCAAUGUUAAUGGAUGGUCCAGGGAUGUGAAUGAUAAUUCAGGUUUUAGAAAUGAUAUUUUAUCUGCUACAGGCUUAGAUGUGAUAUGUAUUAGUGAAACUUGGCUGAAAGGAAAUGAAACAUUAAAUAUUGAACCAAUAAGCCGAGUUUAUAAAUGGUAUGGACAUAAUCGUAAAGAUAUUAAUAAAAAUGCGCAUAGAGGAUCUGGAGGUGUGGGUGUGCUAAUAAAACGUCAAUUGUUGGAAACCUUUGAUUGUGCAAUUUUAGAUAAAAGUGUGGAGGACAUAAUGUGGAUUAAACUCACAUGCAAAUCUAAUCAAAAUCUAUCCAUAUGUAUAUGCAGCUGCUACCUUCCACCAAAGGAUUCCUCGAGGCAGAGUGAUGCAGAAUUAUUUUACCAAA